AUGAACUUGCAAGUGAAUAACUUCAAUAAUCAGGAGCAUCAAAGGAAGAACUAGCAGAACUCAAUGUAGCAAAAGAACAUUACCACCACUGAUGGAGCAGAUUCGCAGGUCAAUCAGUACACUAACAGAUCAAAUACAGCCAAAGGCACUGGCAGGAACAAUAAAGAGAAAGAAUCUUUGUACCAGACACCUGAUUAAGAUGGCAACCUAAGAGCAUACAAUGAAAUAGAUGACUCUACUGCAGAAGAUUAAAGAUCAGGCAUCAAGUAGUCCAAAAAGAAGAACAAGCAGAGUUUCAAUAAGAAUUUCAUGGAGAUGAACAAGCAGGUCAAAACAUUGAAAGAGAUUUAUUCAGAAAAUUCUCAGAAAAAGAAAGAAAGAAUGUCUGAGGUAAUGUAGAGAAAGAGUCAGAAUUCCUGGAUGGGAGUGAGUAUGAUGCUUACUAGAAAAGAAAGUCCAUCAAGAGCAUCAGACUGGAACAGUAUGCAACUCAAGCAGAAACUCAUGGAGCAAUAACCAUCUCAAACAGGUGCUAAAAACUAAAGCAAUACAUUCAUAAUUGAUCAUGAAACAGCAGCUAAUAAUGUAGAAGCCAAAUAGAUGAAUGCUUUUUCAACUAAUCCAAAGGAGAAAGCUUGGUUCAAGACAAAUGCAUCUGAAAUCAUGCAACUUAGCAGUGUGAAGACUCUCGAUGUACCCAAGGGUGAAGAAUCAGCAGUGCUUCCCUGCAAGAAAAACGGAGUGCAGGACAAGCAUAACCUUAACUACAGCAAGGCUUAUGAGAAUUCUAAUUAUGUGAAGGAAGGUGAUAUCCCUGAUUAAUACAAAUCUCACAGAGAAGUCAAGCCUGUUGUUCACAAUAUUAACAAUCACCAAGUCCAAAGUCAAAGACUUAAGAACCUCUCUUCAAAUGUGUUUUGA